AUGCGACGGAACGGCGCGCGAACUCUAGACGCAGGCAGCAUCCAAGAUGGUGGCGCGCGGGGAUGGACGGUGCACCAGCCCACCGCGACAGCCCCUCGUGUGCCGUUCAUCUCUGCGCGGGAACUACAUCAGAUGUGUUAUGGCGUCCCGGGCAUGCGCAAGUCGCAGUCCACCGCGCUGGCGAUCACCAAGCAGGCCCGUUGCUCGCGGGUCAACGGGACUGCGGAGGCCAUGGCUCCGGAGAAGCAACCCGCUCGACCUUGGAGUCGCAUGUCUGUCAUGUCGGGAAACUCGGGUGUCGCGAUGCUGACUCUGGAGGACCAACUGGCACCUCGCAUCGAGCGAAUCACGAUGACGGCUCCUCAUGGUAGCCGACUUCCUUCCCGCGGCUCCUUGGCCAUCCAGGAUGGCCUGGAUCCAUAUCUCCACGGACACGGCUCUCAAAGAGAUCUCGUGGCAGUCGUGGAGCGCAACCUCCAAGAUGAAGAAGAUGCGCGGAUCGCGCGGAGCCAGAUGCGCAGCGUUUCCCGCAGUUCCUCCCGGGGACCCCUGGAGCUGCAAGAUUUGCCGCGCAGCUCCACAGGUGAGGUUACUCCAGGCCGCCAGCUGGUCAGAGGGAACUCGCGGACGAGCUCACAACACACCAGGGUUACAUCCCAAUCGAGCGACAACCGCUCCUCUUCCCGUGACCGUGGGCCUUCGAACGCGCCUUCGCGGAGUAACUCGCGCAAUCGGAGCGGCGCCAUCGCCAUCCGGAAGACGAGUAACAGUUCCGUUGGCUCUUCACUUGCACUGAUGGAUCCGUGGCGCAGCCGUGGCUCUCAUCGGCCCCCGUCCGUUGGUGGUAACAGUCGCCGUGGGUCGAAGGCCUCUGCUACCAGCCGAACAUCCUCUGCCACGAUGGCGGAGGAGCAGAAGCCGAAAUUCCCGCCACCUCGGGAUCGGAAGCUCUCUUCGGGUGCAUGCUUGGGCUUGGACAUCACGGCCUUCGAAAACGCUCGGCGAAAGUCUUUGGCCACGCCGCUGCAGCUGCAGGUCCGGGCGUUGAAAGAGGCCACUCCUGAGGAGGGGCGACCGUCUUCGCAAGUCAUGAAGCGGCGUGCUUCCAUGCCAGCAAGCAAGGAGGAAGCUGAGGCACAGGCCAAGGCCAAGCCACAGCCCAUGCCGAGCUUUCGAGAUUCGAUGAAGAACAAGGCUCGGGAGACAUUCCUCCGAAAGCGCAAGACCAACUCGGGCUCCAGGAUCACUGUUGACAAGGAUCCCGAGCUCUAUCCUGGCCGGGAUCUGCUGCCGGAAACUGUGAAGGCUCUGGACAUCCCGACAGCCAUCGACUUCUUUCAGUACCAUGACAGGGUGCGAGCGCACGGCAAUACAGGUCUCUUGGACCGACGGAGCUUCUCCGAGAUGCUUUUUGCCAUAGCCCGGGGCAAGGAGUACAUGACCGCCGAAUGGUGCGAUGCAAUCUUCAAUGCUUUGGACUACGAGCAGGCUGGGAUGCUGGAUCAAGAUCAAUUUCUGGGUUGGGCCUUCAACUCAUUGAACAACUACUUCAGUGACGUCCGGCGACGUUUUCACACAGUGAAAGAACCCGACUUGCGAGAGCUCUUGACCGGUUUGGGUGCAACUACCGGAAGCGGCUUCUCGCAGCAGUUCCUGAUCAGCAAGGAGGAGUUCUGGUUUGUCGUCGAGACCUGCAGCAUCAAGCUGUCGAGAAAAGCUUGUGAAGAGCUUCACGAGCGGCUGGACCUGGAGCAGACCGGAAGUCUGGAACUAACGGAGUUCCUAAAUUGGGUCUACCCUGGACGGGAACUGCACCAGCUGCAGCAGAAGCUUGACAACCUUCGUCGGCAAAUUUUAGAUGACUCUGAUGACGACAAUGGCGUCGCCGAAGUCGGUUACAAACCUCCGAAGAGGCCGAUUUGGGAAAUGCUGUCCAAGAACCCGGUGGUGCUGGAGUUCACGAUUGCCCAGGCCUAUCAGCCCAAGAUCAAGCACCUGAAGGACAUGCUAAUGGAGAAGUUCCAGCAACUGAUUGUCGAUCUUGUUGUG